AUGGGAAAUUGCGUGAAGCGGCAAUCUGUAGUAGACGAUCAAUGGGCGUCGGAGAAAACCAGCAAGGCGGGUGCGGGUCGCCGGAAGGGAGAGGAGUCACGAUCGGCUACAGAAGUGAAGAUUAAAAUCAGCAGAAAGCAGCUCCAAGAGAUCCUUAGGAAAGUUGACAGUAACGAAUUGCUCAUCGAUGACACCCUCUCCCGUCUCGUGUCUGAAGCCGCUGCCGUCGAAUUCAACGACUUCCACCGUAACGGCUACCAUUGGCGGUCAGACCUCGAGAGCAUACCCGAGGAGCAAUAUUAG